GACCUUCCCUUGACUAGCGCUGUGCCAGGCAGCCAUCUUCUCAGUCUGCGGCGCGGAGAGGCGGACACCGGAGACCCAGCUCAGUAGCAGCACCGCUCACCUCGCCGGAGGAAACAUGCUGUCAGUCCGCGUAGCCGCCACCCUCGCCCGCUCCCUGCCCAAGCAGGCCGGCCUGGUGUCUAAGAAGGCCCUCGGUGCUGCAUUUGUUGCUACAAGGAACAUCCAUGCGUCUGGAUCCUGGCUCCAGAAAACCGGCACAGCUGAGGUGUCCUCCAUCCUUGAAGAGCGUAUACUGGGCGCCGACCUUAGCGCUGACUUGCAGGAAACGGGCCGUGUGCUCUCUAUUGGGGAUGGUAUCGCCCGUGUGUACGGUCUCAGGAAUGUCCAGGCAGAGGAGAUGGUGGAAUUCUCUUCCGGGCUGAAGGGUAUGUCCUUGAACUUGGAACCAGACAACGUUGGUGUUGUGGUGUUUGGUAAUGACAAACUCAUCAAGGAGGGUGAUAUCGUGAAAAGAACUGGUGCCAUUGUGGAUGUACCUGUUGGUGAAGAGCUCCUCGGCCGCGUUGUGGAUGCGCUGGGUAAUGCUAUUGAUGGCAAGGGACCUCUUGGAUCCAAAAUCCGCAGAAGAGUUGGCCUGAAGGCCCCAGGUAUCAUCCCCCGAAUCUCUGUGCGGGAGCCCAUGCAGUCUGGUAUCAAGGCUGUGGACAGUCUGGUGCCCAUUGGCCGUGGCCAGCGUGAGCUGAUCAUUGGGGACAGACAGACUGGAAAAACAGCCAUUGCAAUUGAUACAAUUAUCAACCAAAAGAGAUUCAACGAGGGAACUGAAGAGAAGAAGAAACUGUACUGUAUCUAUGUGGCCAUCGGACAGAAGAGGUCCACUGUUGCCCAGCUGGUGAAGAGGCUGACUGAUGCAGAUGCCAUGAAAUACACAAUCGUGGUGUCUGCCACCGCCUCCGAUGCUGCUCCCCUCCAAUACCUGGCCCCAUACUCCGGCUGCUCCAUGGGAGAAUAUUUCAGAGACAAUGGAAAACAUGCUCUCAUCAUCUAUGAUGACUUGUCCAAGCAGGCUGUGGCCUACCGUCAGAUGUCUCUGCUGUUGCGUCGUCCACCUGGUCGUGAGGCUUACCCCGGUGAUGUGUUCUACCUACAUUCACGUCUGCUGGAGAGAGCCGCUAAGAUGAAUGAUCAGUUUGGAGGAGGCUCCUUAACUGCUCUCCCUGUCAUUGAAACACAAGCCGGAGAUGUGUCAGCCUACAUCCCAACAAAUGUUAUCUCCAUCACUGAUGGGCAGAUCUUCUUGGAGACUGAGCUGUUUUACAAAGGUAUCCGGCCUGCCAUCAAUGUCGGUCUGUCAGUGUCCCGUGUAGGUUCUGCUGCUCAGACAAGAGCCAUGAAGCAGGUGGCUGGUACCAUGAAGCUGGAGCUGGCUCAGUACCGUGAAGUAGCGGCUUUUGCCCAGUUCGGCUCUGAUUUGGAUGCUGCCACCCAACAACUGUUGAACCGUGGUGUGCGACUGACUGAGCUGCUCAAGCAAGGACAAUAUGUUCCCAUGGCUAUUGAAGAACAGGUAUCUGUCAUCUAUGCUGGUGUGAGAGGUCAUUUGGACAAAAUGGAACCAAGCAAGAUCACAAGAUUCGAGAGCACUUUCCUGGCCCACAUUAAAAGCCAACACCAGGACCUGCUUGCCACCAUUAGAGAUGACGGGAAGAUCUCCGAGCAGACGGAUGCAAAACUGAAACAAAUUGUAAUAAAUUUCCUGUCUACCUUCGAAUAAACCCCCUCCAGCUUGUGAGGGCUGACUGGCUGUCGCUGUUCCUGUGUGUACCUGGUUCCAUUUCCAGUAAACUUAUUGAAGCACUUGUGCUUUUAAUGUACAGAAAUUUCUCAAUUGGAGAGUAAAAUGUUCCAUGAAAACUUUA